GUAUGUUGUUGUUGUUUAUUGUCACUUGUCCUGCUGUCUUUUACGCCCAGUGAGCCGGUGGCCUUAACCUGCCUUGGAAAUUAAGUUUCUUAGAUUCCUUAUCUACAUAAAGGACUUUGAAGAUUGAAGAUUCCACUCAGAGUUUCCAGUUGACCCAUCACAAUGGGUACCUGUUCGGGUCGUUGGUCCCUAUUCCUCAUUGCCAUGGUAGCUGUCCUGCCCAUUGCUCUGUCCACCAACAGUACAUACAUUGUGACGGCUCCUGCAAAGGCACGUCGAGGCUACCAGUACACGGUCAAUGUGGCCCUACUAAUGCCCGCAAACCCAUCCACUGUAGAGGCGUCAGUUUUGGACGUGUCGGAUCAAGUUGUAGUGGGACCUGUAUCGGCCAAUUUCGCUGGUGUCGUGGCCAAUGAACAGAAAUUGAUGACCCUUUCUGUUCCCACCUCCCUGACAGCAGGAAAAUAUUACCUGAAGGUCGAAAGCAAAUCUGGAGUAUCCAUCAAGGUCAAACAAGAUUUACAAGUCCUCGCAGAAACAGGCUUGAUUAUGAUCCAGACGGAUAAAAAAGUGUACAAGGAGGGGCAAACAGUACACAUCCGAGGUGCAGUGUUGUCGUCGGACGCCAAACCUUUAGGUACUAACCUAGAUGUCAUCAUAGCCGACCCAAAUGCAAACAAACUGGCUCACUACAAAGGCCUUACCCCAGAUCUUGGUGUGGUUGCAGUGGACUUUGAACUUGUGAACGAUCCGACGUUUGGCGAAUGGUCAAUCACUAUAAUGGCUACCAAUACCCCUGAAAUAGUGACUGAAAAACAGUUUAAGGUGGAAAAGUAUGUUCUGCCCAAGUUCAGUGUUGCUGCCACUCUUUCUCCAUUUGUAAAGGUGUUUCCUGGACAGAGCUCUGGACAGCUCACAGUUGAUGUAGUGGCAAAGUAUACCUAUGGUAAGCCUGUUAACGGAAAGGCAGUGAUGCUUGUUAACAUCGGCAACAACCCACAGAUCGAGGAAAAAACGCUGGUGAAUGGAAUGAUUACAUUCACGACCACCGUGUCACAAAGUGAAGUGGUGACCUUCAGAUAUCGGCCCAGGCCUGAGGUGUCUGUCAAGGUCACCGUUGUUGAAGAUGUAACGGGUAAAGAGGAGGCGUUCGAGGGAAGUGUGCCUCUACACCUUAUACCGUACAAGAUGGAUUUUAUCAACGAUGAUGGGUCCUUUUUAUACGCAAUGCCAAACAAUAUAUUUGUGAAAAUUACCGAUGUUGUUGGCGGGUCCAUUCCGGUGGUGGAUCGUGCAUCUUUGGGUGUCAGAGUAAAGUUUGUUCUCUCUAAAAGAUGGACUGCCAAUACAGAACUUUUACCUCCUCUUUCCUUGACCAUGCCGGACACUGGUGAUGUGAUAGCUGCUCAGGUUGAUGUCCCAACGAAAGUCCAGAUGGAGAACCAAUCGUUUUCAAUGGUGGCGGAGUUAACUUAUCCUUCCAUGGACAGUAAUGGUAAUCCAAAUACUGAGAAACUGGAAACAGGUACCAAGUACAAAUAUCCCGUCACCACGAAGACUAGCCUCGGUGUCAGCGUCAGUGUGGUGGGGAUCACGCAACAGGUCCAGUCACCAGAGACGGCUGUUCCUGCUGGGCAAGCGGUUACCUUCCAAGUCAUGACAACAGUAUCUUCAUCUGUAUUCUAUGAGGUUUAUGCUAAAGGGUUACUGUUGGUUAAUGGCAUAGUCAGUCCUACGGAGACUAGUACCGGUCUGUACAGUGCAAACUUUGAUGUAGCCAUCACAUCCAAGAUGGCCCCCAAUGCUGUAGUUGUUGUCUACACCAACACCGCCACAGAUGAAAUAGUGGCAGACGCCCAGAGUUUCUCUGUGUCUGGUCUCCUGAAACAUCGGCUGAGUGCCCGCUUUGAUAGUAACCUAAAACAAGUCGGAGAUACUGCGUCUUUGACGGUAGUGGCUGAUCCCAACUCAGUCGUUUUUGUCGGUGCCAUUGACAAGAGUGCUGCGCUUCUUGGGGAACCUAAUAAGAUUGAUCUGGCAGGGUUAUUGGAGGCACUGGAGGAUUUUGAUCUGAUAUCAAAGCCAAGGGAGGAUGACACAGACUGGGGAUGUGGUGGAUGUGGAAUAAUGUUCAAACGUAAACGGCGGGACGUUGAAAUGGUCCGAAGUAAUAGUGGUGUCACAACUGCUGGAAUCCUCAGGGAUGCUGGAGUUAUGAUGAUUACUGAUUCCGUGAUCACAGAUUAUGAAUGGAAUAACUCUCCUGACUACGAUGAUUUUGAAUUGGUCCCCAUGGCAGAAGCCGGUGCUGCUGUUGAGGCUGUGCCUGAUAUGGCUAAAAGAAAGACCCCCGGUACAGAUCUUGAUUCGAAAGCAAAUGUUCGCAAAAAUUUCCCAGAAACAUGGAUCUGGACCGACAUCAGAAUUGGAUCUAGUGGGUCCAAUACGUCUGAUUUCCCGGUGCCCGACACCAUCACAUCCUGGGAUAUCAAUGCAUUUUCAAUGAACGCUAACACUGGUAUGGACCUGGCCAUGAACAUGCCAUCAUUGACUGUUAUGAAACAGAUGUUUGUCAGUCUAGAAUUUCCUUUAACUGUUAAACGUGGAGAGAAGUUCAAACUCAACAUCUAUGUCUUCAACUACUACAAUAAUCCUUUAACUGCAGAUGUGACAUUGAGCGCUCCGUUGGAAGAAUCCUUUGGUGUAUUUCCACUUGAAUACACAAAGGAAAUCUUAGAAGAUGAAUCUCAGGCUAAAGCUGUGGCAGUGACGAAAACUGGACUGACGGUACCCUCCAACAGUUCGGCUGGAUUUUUCCUGUGGAUUUAUCCCAAGGUGAUAGGCAACAUAAAACUCCGCGUCAGUGCAGUAUCGCCAAAGAAGACGGACAUCGUGGAACAAAGUUUGCUGGUGGAGCCAGAGGGAAAGACAAGUUAUGGAGCGAGUUCUAUGUCAAUUAAACAUGAAGUCGACCAAACGGCUGAUUUUGUGAUGGAGGCGUUACCAGCUGAAGGUGCCGUAGUGGUGGAAGGGUCCAAGUCGAACUAUAUAACGGUCACAGGUGAUGUGAUGGGGCCAACUAUUGAGAAUUUGGACUCGCUGGUCAGACAACCAUCUGGAUGUGGAGAACAGAACAUGAUCACUCUCGUCCCUAGCAUUUUCGUCCGAAAAUAUGUCGAAGCGGUCAAAGAUGUUGUGGAUCAGUCACUUGUGGAACGUACCAACAAAUAUAUGGAAUCAGGCUACCAAAGAGAACAGAAUUACAAGCAUGCAGAUGCAUCCUAUAGUGCCUUUGGAAAGAGUGAUAACUCUGGUAGCUCCUGGCUGACAGCUUUUGUUGUGAAAUCAUUUGCAAUGUCCAAACAAUUCAUCCCAGUGACCGUAGAUGAUGCAGAUAUCUCCAAAAGUGUGACAUGGUUGCUUAAUCAGAUCAAUAAAGAUUUCAUCUUUGAUGAACCUGGCCGUGUAAUCCACACAGAAAUGCAAGGUGGCAGUACUUCCGAAUUUACCCUUGCUGCAUAUAUUUACAUUAGCUUGAAGGAAACGAAGGAAGCUUUACCUGGACUGAAUGUACCGAAUUUUGAUAAUAAGCUGUCUCAAGUUCUUACCGCAUUGCAAAAUGACUAUACACGAAACAAAGAUGCUUGGGUUCAAGAUAAGAAGUUCUUCCGAUUGGCCAUCCUGGCAUACUCCUUUGCCCUCGGGGGCAGCUCCCUAACAUCAGAUGUCCUUCAAACAUUGGAGAGUCUCGCUCAGGAUCAGGAUGGUAUGAUGUACUGGAGUAUACAGAAGGAGUCGGUCUAUAAGGACAACGGUCGUGUGUACUGCAGUUUGCCCUCGGGACCAUCAGAUAUUGAGACAGCCUCUUAUGCUAUCCUGGCCUAUACCAAGUUGGACAAUGUAACUAAAGGUCAGCGUGUCCUUAAAUGGUUGAUGUCACAAAUCAACAGUGCUGGUUCCUUCCAUUCUACCCAGGAUACUGUGAUGGGACUCCAAGCAAUCGCCGGGAUUUCUAUCCUGAUUGGGAGAAGUAGUGCAGGCAUGAAUCUGGCUGUCCAGUAUACAGUUGGGGGCGUAACCAACACCCUCACUAUCAACGACAACAACAAAUACCUCCUACAAAAGGAAAAGCUGCCUGACGAUACAACCGACGUCACAUUUAGCGUCACUGGGAAAGGCGUCGCCCUUCUUUCGCUAUUGUGGAAGUACAAUGUGCUAGCUGACGCCCAGAACAGUAGGCCAAAGUUCAGCAUAGAAACGAACACCGUAGCUGUCAACGUCAACGUCUUUGAUGUCAUCAUGGACGUCACGUUGUUAGACAGUGGCGAGACCGGAGAAAUGGGUCUAAUCUCUUACCAGGCACCAUCAGGUUUCAGCACAAAUACCGAUACCAUAAAAGGGGCAUCCCGUGUAGAAAACGUUAAUGGAAAUGUGGUCAUCUACAUUGCAGGCGUUGAGACGGGAAAGAAACAGUUCCGCUUACAGUCCUUCCGAACUCAGGAUGUAGCUGACAUAAAGAAAGGCAUAGUUACGGCUCAGUUGUACUACAAACCAGAGUCAAGUUCUCUGGUGACCUAUGACAUCCCAGAUAUGGUGAAGUUGACUGCCUGUCAGUUGAGCGGGGACAAGAAUGACGAAUGUCCUCUGCCACGGAAUCCCAACGGUGCAUCUGCUGCCACACCCACCAAGCUCCUCCUCGGUCUGGUGUCGGUCCUACUGCUGCUGACCAAUCUCAACUAGAGUUACCUCCCCUUGAAUGCCUACCAUGACACAAAGUCAUCUCCCGCUGACAAAUGAUACAAAGUAUCUUUUUGGUACAUCAAAAAAAAAGUUGUCACCUAGCUAGCAGCAAACAUCUGAAAUCAGAUCUUAAGCUUAUAUUAGAUAUUCUAUAUUGUUUCAAACAAUUAUUUCAACAACUUUUAUCUGUUAGCUUGCUGUGCUUUUAAAUCAUCUUGGAAUAUUUUAUCAUGUUACAUUAGCCAUUGAAACAUAAAGCCAAGAUUAUUUCUUGAAUUUUGGAACAUUUUUUUUAAUUGUUAUGAGGAAAGAUGAUAUAUAACAGUAUACAAAUCAGACUCAACCAGAGUUCCAGUCUUUUCGUCUCAAAAUGGGGCCCAUCAAGGGGAAAAUGUUAACAAAGAACUGUAUUGAGGAAAAUUGAAAAGAUACUCAUUUUAUUAGGGAAGUUGUUUUUGACAAAUGGGAUUUUUUCAGUCAGUAUAUGGACAGUUUUCAAAGCGGACUGAUGGGCUUGUCCCAAACAACUAUGAUUUUCAACAAUAUUCAUUCCAAAGCUAUAUAGAUAGUCUUAAGAGUAAGAAUCAAUGCUAUAUUCGGAUUCUUAGACUCUAGACAAGUCCUUUCCAAGGAGACAAGUUUACUUUGAAUUAUACAGUUACAGAAAAACUUUUUUAUGUACAGAAAGUUUUAUAACGUGAAUGUCAUUUUGCAAUUUUAAUCAUUUAUUCAAACUUUUGUUUCAAACUUUGACAUUUUAGAAAUGCAAAUAUAUUGUGAAAUAAUUCUGAAAAAUUAAGUUGAAAAAUCCAAAUUUAUUUUCGUUUUUUUUUUCACCCAAAUUGUUUAAUUUUUAGAGAAGUUUUCUCUUGUUUAUACAGAAAUAUAUUUGUAUUUUACUUAUACUACUAGAUGAAUAUAUUUCUUGCUUAUUGCUUCCUUGUAUGUUAUGCUAAUACAUGUAGUCUAAAUGUAUAUAUAUAUUCCAUAUAUUUCCAUCAAGUAAGUUGAAUGAUAAAUGUAAUUCGAUUCUCUCCCUAACAAAAAAAUAAAAUAAAUGAUGUAUUGAUCAGUAAACCUGUUUUACCGACACCAACAGGGAUCGUUUAGCCUUUUUUUUCUUUUUCCGUUUCUACUUAUUCACUAUUCCUUGGUUUUGAACCUGAAAUCCCUAAUCUUAGAUACAUUCCUAUGUUUCAGCAAUAGUGAUUGAAACAAUUUUGAUACAUUCAAAACAGGGGAGUCGCAUCAGAAUGUCAGAUUUUUUUAUCAGUCAAAUGUAUUAAGCUGUACACAUCGCCAGAUUCAAUUCAGAGAUUCAUUAACCAAGAAUAUUUAUAUGUUAUAGUUACCAUCUUGAUAUAGAAUCAGUCCCGUUUAAUGUACUAUUAAAUGCUUUUUUGUAUCUGGAGAGGCUACAUUCCUCGAUUGUCUGUAUAAUGUGUUUAUCUUAGUAUCAUCAUAUUAUGAUUUCCAUAUUUAAUGUUCAGGAAUUUUUCUGAUUUUUCUUGUGGGCAUUAGCAUUAAAAUUAUUUUAUGGAGUUUGUAUUUUAAAUGCGGCUUUUCCCAAUCGAUAAGGAAGUUUGUUUCAUGAAGACAUGAUAUUGUAAUUAAGAAGUGAUGUUUCAAUUAGAAAAUAUAACCUUUUUAAUUAAUAAAGUUUAGAUAGAAACAGUACAUCUGUGCUUCAAAAAAGACUUCCUGUAAGUCAUAAACAGAUUUUAUCAUUUACCUGUAUUUUUAUCAAAAAAAAAAAAAUUCUGUUGGAUGGGCAGUUUUGAAAUUUUACGUGAUUUAGACUUUAUACAAAGCAGUCACAAAGCUGACGGAGUGACAAUUUAGAAAUGUCCAUACGAUAGCUGGUUCUAUGGUUAUGCUUGGGUUACAAUAAACAUGGAAGUUUGUAAUUACUUGAUUCAAAUUUUAAACUUUUUUGAUAAUUUUUUUCCCCAAGCGGCUUAUUAACAAUAUAAUGAGGAUCCAAAUCAUAUAAAUUUUUACUUACAGUUUAGAGAUUAAUCCAAAAACCAAAUGUUUUUUAGGGCCCUUAAUUAACAAGGUAGAAAUUCCACAAACUUCAUUGUAUAUUGGGUAUAUUGGGUGUCGUAUAUAUUCAUUAUAUCAUAGAGUACUCGUGUAGAUGUAUAUUUUUGUUGUGUAGUUUUAUUCUCUGUAAUAUAACAAAUUUAAAUAAAAACUCUUUUGAUUGAAUUAUCGUUGUUCAAAAUUUCUUUUGUUUUAUGUUGAAAAUUUAAAAAUAAUUUUUUUUUUUUUUUACACGCAAUGUUUUUUUUAAGAUGAGAUUACUAUAUUACUAUAUGAUUCUCUGUAGAAAUUUUAACAUUAAAGUUUUGUGAUAAGAAUAUCUGAGUUGUGCUUAAUAUGUUGCCAUGACAACCAUGUUGUGAGUCUUUUUUUUUUUCGUAUCUACAUGUGAAAAAAGAACAAAUAUUUUAAUAUUCUAUUCAGAUAUGUUUUUGACUCUCUUUUUCCCGAUGUCAUGUAUAUUUAGUUGAUCAUGUAGAUUAAAAAUCGAAAAGUUUUUUCCGGUGAAUGUAGAUGUCUGGAUUUUUCCUGGAAUGCUUCUGUGUUGAUGUCUGGAUAUCCUGGAGUUUCCUUGGUUACUUUGAAACUUCACGAUAGUAUGGCUUACAGAGUAAUAUUACCAAAAUUUUCAUCUAAAUAUAAGAAUGAGAUGUGUUGCAUGACUUCUGCUCUCUCUAAAUAUUGCAGAAUACAGUUAAGGUGGAACCUCUUUAGCUUUCCCAUAUACCACUAAUUUAUUAAUUAAUUGGUGCAUACAUGUAGCUAUUUUCUAUUGUUUAACUUGCCUUAACCAAUGUGCAUGCACCUGAUAUAGCUGUGUGAUGGCAUUGACCAAUGCCUCUUCUGAAGACCAAGAGUUGAUAAAAAGCCACUUAAUGCUUACCUGCCAAGUGGGAAAUGUUUACCGCCCCAGGGGAGGGGUUUACUACCCCAGGGGAGAGGUUUAGGUUUACCGAUCCGGGGGAUAAGUUUACUGCCCGAGAGAGAAAUUUACUGCCCAGGGAGAGAUGUAUACUGCCCCAGGGGAGGGGUUAACUGCUCCUGGGGAUAAGUUUACUGCCAAAGGAGAGAUGUAUACUGCCCCAGGGGAGGGGUUUACUGCUCGGGGGGAUAUGCUUACUGCCCGAGAGGAGAGGUUUAGGUUUACUGCUCCAGGGGAUAAAUUUACUGCCUAGAGGGGG